UCAACGUGCAUGCCGUAAAGCGGAAAAUACAAAACAAAGAAUAAUUUGAAAAGAAAAAAUAAUUUUGAAAAAAAAAUAACAGCAGUAGCAGCAAACAUCAAAUUAAACCAAACCAAAUCACAUACCAACAACAAAAACAACUGCAAUUAUACACAGUGACAAAACAAAAGUCCUCAAAUCAUUUCGAAAAAAAAAAAAAACAAAAAUACGCAGUGAAAAAUUCUAUAAAAAAGUGGAUAUCAAAGUUAAAAGUAAAUAAAUUAAGAGUCAAAAAAAGCAGCAAAUAGAACGUUAAACGUUUCAAAAGAAAAGCCAAGAAAAAGAAACUUGAAACCUAUUUUUUGCAAAAGAAAAAAAAAAGAACCAAAACUAAACAAAAAAACAAAAUCUAAUCAAGCGAAAAAAAGGAAAAAAAAAGCCUACAACAGUUUAUAGAAGAAAACAAAAUACUCGUGUACACCUAGUAAAGAAGAAAAGAAAAAAAAAAACAUCCCCUCUCUUAAGAAGACGCCGACAACCUUUCAUUCACAUCAUUAACAACAACAAUAAUAAAAAAAAAAUAUAAACAAACACAAACUUAGAAUUGACAUUUCUCGCCUGAAAAGCCAAAGCAAGUAUUCAAAGUCAAUCAAUAAUGUCGCCUAAGAUGAUGUCUAACAGCUGCAAUGGCAAAAAGUCGGCCGCCAAAGCCUCCUCCUCCAGCUACCCCUCAUCCGCAAGGUAUACAUCAACAAAGAAUAAGAAGGGUGUGGUCCAACCAAAAGCCCUAUCGCCAUCAACAUCACCAUCGUCAUGUUCAUCGGCAUCAUCAUUAUGGGGAUCAUUGACAGCUUCGUCGUCGUCGGCAUCGGCGGCCUCAAUGUUAACAUGCCAUGCUGAGACCUCUUUGGAGGUGGCUCCCCUUUUGGUCACACCAUCAACACAGAAACAGUCAAGACGAAACAAAGCGGCAGCCGCCAACGCCACCACAUCAAAAGUGGCUAAUGAAAUUGCAUCCUUAGGCUCGUUAAAGGACAACUACAAUAACAACGACAACAUUAAUGACACCAACAACAACAACAACAACAAAGUGUUCUCCACACGAACAAUGCCAUCAUUGAAAAUCAUGAGCUAUCAGCAUAUCUUUGCCUUGCUCACGGUCCUCCUCUUUGGCCUUGCCAGCGUCAAUGGGCUCAAGUGCCACAUGUGUGGUCAGUACAAUGAAGGCGUCGGCUCCAUCACACCAUGCCUCAACUAUUCGGAUCAGUAUGCCCAUCUCUAUUUGAAGGAGUGUUCAAAGAAAAGCGAGAAAUAUUGUGUGAAGUAUGUUAGCGAAUUAUCAACUGUGCGGGAUUGUGCCACUGAAUGUGCUGAAAAAGAAAUCUGGGAGACUCAAACCUAUUGCUGCACCGAAGAUGGCUGCAAUGGCUCUUCCACCAUUGAGAUCUCAUCGAUGGUGUUAAUGGUGCCUUUGGUGGUCUACAUGUGUCAAGCCAUAUGGAAUGUGAUUAAGGAGCAACGUCGUCGUUAAGUGCUACAAAUAAAUAGAGACACUUUUUUUCUAAAACCUUGAGUUAUUGCCAUUAUCUUAGCUUCAAUGUUGGUUUGUUUUAUGUUUUCUAAUUUCAUAAAAGCAUUAUCUGUUAUACUUUAGCAAAAAAAGAAAAAAAUCCUACAAGACAUAAACUCUAUACUUUAAAAGGGACCUAAGGCGAAAAGAAAACAAAGAAAGAAAAAAGUCACAAGCAAAAGAAAGAAAAAAAAACAAAACAGUAAUACAGUAGAAACAAAAUUGCCUAUAAUUUAUUAAGUCUUAAGAACAAAAAGUGUUUGUUAAAUCUCUUGUGUAUCCUUAUAAAUGUUUCUCCUUUGACUACUGCUACUCUUACUCCUUGUCAUUCUUUUGGCUUCUUUUAUGGCUUUGGGCUAGGCCAAGAGCCUUCUUAGGUUUUUUUGAUUUGUGUCUAGGCGUAUAACUAUUAAAUACUUAUGUUGCUAUGUCCUUUUGAGCCUUUUUUUUCCCCUUUUCCUCUUUCCCCCUUUCCCCUUUGUGUUGUUUAGCAUACAGAAAAAAAGUUAUACAAAACCAAAAAAUAUAUAUGAAACAAUUUUCGAACAGUCUUCCCAGCAAUAAAUUAACACAAAAUGUCAAAGAUCCUAGCAUUCCUACCACUUUUGCCAAUUUUGAUUAACUAGCAAGGUGGGGAUAUUUCAAAAAUAAAACACCGAUACAUGUAAAUGCUUUAAGGAUACAGAAAAACAAGUUAAUUACAUUACAUACUUUAACAGAAAACAACAACAAACAGAAGAAAAAUUCAAUACUACAAGGAGUUGAACAACUACAAUAGUGGAUGAUUUGCCAUAGUCACCAUUAUGGGAAACUUUAAAUGAGCAGAAUGAGAACCCAAGAAACCCGAAAUCUUAAAAAAACCAUACGAAAAAGCAAAAUCAUUGACAACACAACAAUUCUAAAAUUUUAUUAACAAUUUACAAAAAAAAAACCCUAAAACAAAAAUAAUAAAAAAAAAAUCUUCUAAAAUCAAUAAAAAUUAUUUAAAAAAAACAAAUAUAACAAAGCAAUUAUGUAAAACAAAAAUGGAAUCCUUU